AUGGGUAAUCAAAAAGCUGUAGCUGGGAGGCAAGAUGCAACCCUCAGCAGCGCUGCCGGCACAAAGCACAGCGCAAAGCUGCCUCCAUUAUUGGCUCCUCUCACUCGGGUAAUCACUUUGGAGAUGAUAUGGUACUUGCUGUGCCACAUCGUUUGUUUGUUUACUCUGAUAUUUGGCGCUGGUGACGAGCUGUUCACUUCCAGAAAGCGCUGGUUUGCCCUGGGGUUGACAAAGCAGCCGCAGCGGCGUGAAUACUCAGCCGGCGGGGUGUACGAGAUGUUUGCCACGAAGGCCACCAUUGAGAACAAACCCAUGCUUCCUCCGCAUCGGCUGAAUUCUGAUCUUGUUUUGUCUCUUCUGUUUGUCCUCACGUUCAACGGCUUCUUCCUUGCACUCUCGCGCUCGGUUUCCAGGUUAAUUGCAGAAGGAGACGAACGACGGGAGUUUAGGGAAGGAACGUUUGAUAUCAAAUCAGGGACCGACGACAAAGUUUCCAAGGGCAAAGGAGUUCCUUUCAGGUUGAUAAACUGCCGUGAAAUUAUGUAUAAGGUUACAUUAGGUGCCACCCUUGUUUUCUGCGUGCUAAUUACAACCUGUGUUAUAUUGCAACCACCCAGUGAGGUGCAAGGAGCCGCCCCUUCUCUGGUAUUACUUUCAUCUGUUGUUCCCAUAUAUUAUGGGGACCGCCCUAAUGGUGCACGUGCCUUAGAGAGAUUCUACAGUGCUUAUCAGAGUGUUAUCAUUACAGUUCUUGUUGGUUUAGUUCUUGACGCGAAUUUUCUUGCGAAAGCGUGA